AUGAUCUCUACAGAGAUCAAGUACCCACGUCUCCUACAGAGAUCAAGAACCCACGGUCUCCUACAGAGAACACGUUUCACGGUCUCCUACAGUGAACAUGUUCCCACGAUCUCCUACAGAGAGAGACAAGUUCCCAUGAUCUCUACAGAGAUCAAGUACCCUGGUCCCCAACAGAGAUCAAUGCCCACGGUCUCCUACAGAACACGUUCCCACGGUCUCUACAGAGAGCAAGUUCCCAUGAUCUCCUACAGAGAUCAAGUACCCACGGUCCCCAACAGAGAUCAAAUCCCGGUCUCUACAGAGAACACGUUCGGUCUCCUACAGAGAGAAGUUCCCAUGAUCUCCUACAGAGAUCAAUGCCACGAGAAACAGUCCCACGGUCUCCUACAGAGAACAAGUUCCCAUGAUUCUACAGAGAUCAAGUACCACGGUCCCCUACAGAGAAGACAGAAGUUCCAUGAUCUCCUACAGAGAUCAAGUACCCUGAUCCCCUACAGAGCAAGUCCACGGUCUCCUACAGAAACAUUCCCCACGGUCUCUACAGAGAACACGUUCCCACGGUCUCCUACGAGAGCAAGUUCCCACGGUCUCCCUACAGAGAUCAAGUACCCACGGUCCCUACAGAGCAAGUCCACGGUCUCUACAGAGAACGUUCCCACGGUCUCCUACAGAGAUCAAGUACCCACGGUCCCUACAGAGAGCAAGUCCACGGUCUCCUACAGAGAACACGUCCCCACGGUCUCCUACGAAGUCAAGUACCCACGGUCCCUACAGAGGCAAGUCCACGAGAUCAAGUACCCACGGUCCCUACAGGCAAGUCCACGGUCUCCUACAGAACAAGUUCCACGGUCUCUACAGAGCAAGUUCCCUGAUCUCCUACAGGAUCAAAGAGCAAGUAUCACGGUCCCCAACAGAGCAAGUCCACGGUCUCUACAGAAGUUCCACGGUCUCCUACAGAGCAAGUCCCCACGGUCUCCUACAGAGAACACGUUCCCACGGUCUCUACGAGAGCAAGUUCCCCACGGUCCUGCAGAGAGCAAGUCACGGUCUCCUACGAACACGUUCACGGUCUCCUACAGAGAGACAAGUUCCCAUGAUCUCCUACGAGAUCAAGUACCCUGGUCCCUACAGAGAGCAAGUCCCACAGUCUCCUACAGAGAACACGUUCCCACGGUCUUCUACAGAGAGCAAGUUCCCAUGAUCUACAGAGAUCAAGUACCCACGGUCCCCUACAGAGAGCAAGUCACACGAGAGGUGCUCCCACGGUGUCCUGCAGAGGUGCUCCCUCGAUGUCCUGCGGACGGAGGUGCUCCCACGGUGUCCUGCGGAAAGAGAUGCCCUGCAGACCUACCACAGGUUGAAAGAAUCUACAAACUAACCACAAAGAGAGGUGCUCCCACGGUGUCCUGCAGAGUGCUCCUCGAUGUCCUGCGGACGGAGGUGCUCCCGGUGUCCUGCGGAAAGAGAUGCCCUGCAGACCUACCACAGGUUGAAAGAAUCUACAAACUAACCACAAAGAGAGGUGCUCCCACGGUGUCCUGCAGAGAGGUGCUCCCUCGAUGUCCUGCGGACGGAGGUGCUCCCACGGUGUCCUGCGGAAAGAGAUACCCUGCAGACCUACCACAGGUUGAAAGAAUCAACAAACCAACCACAAAGAGAGGUGCUCCCACGGUGUCCUGCAGAGAGAGGAACCCAAAGCGGGACCAACCAGCAGAGGACUUAAAGCAGUCUCAACCAGCAGAGGACUUAAAGCAGUGCCAACCAGUAGAAGACCCAAAACAGGCCCAACCAGCAGAAGACCCAAACAGGCCCAACCAGCAGAGGGCAAAGCAGGCCCAACCAGCAGAGGACCCAAAGCAGGACCAACCAGCAGAGGACAAAGCAGUCCCAACCAGCAGAGACCCAAAAGCAGGCCCAACCAGCAGAAGACCUAAAACAGGCCCAACCAGCAGAAGACCCAAAACAGGCCCAACCAGCAGAGAACCCAAAGCAGGCCCAACCAGCAGAGGACUAAGCAGUCCCAACCAGCAGAAGACCCCAAAGCAGGCCCAACCAGCAGAGGGACCCAAAGCAGGCCCAACCAGCAGAGGACCCAAAGCAGGCCCAACCAGCAGAGGGCCCCAAAGCAGGCCAACCAGCAGGGACCCAAAAGCAGGCCCAACCAGCAGAGGACCCAAAGCAGGCCCAACUAGCAGAAGACCAAGCGGUCCCAACCAGCAGAAGACCCAAAAGCAGGCCCAACAUAAAGACCCAAAACAGGUCCAACCAGCAGAAGACCCACAGCAGGCGCAACAUGAAGACCCAAGACAGGUCCAACCAGCAGAAGACCCACAGUAUGCCCAACCAGCAGGACCCAAAAGCAGGCCCAACCACCAGAGGACCUAA